CCGUACACAGAUUUACAGAUCGAGAGAGAAGGGAAAGGAGAGACAGCGAAGAGAAGAGUGGGAAAACUGGAGGAGUAAGGUCCACUUGGAAUGUUAUUGUCUCAAUGGAGAUGCAAGGGACUCACUGAAUGGGAUUUUCUCCACUGGGAAAGUACUCUAUGAAGGACCAUCUCUGACGGACUGGUACAUGCUACCGCCACAGCUCCUCUGGAGAGACGUGAAAAACCAGAACUUCCUGUCACUCUCCAUCUGACUCAAGCCAUCACAGCUACGUCUACCACAGCACCUCUGCAUAUCUCUGUCCACCAUGAGUGACGACAGGGAAGGACAGGGUGCCGAUGGAGGCUGCGGGGCCAAACAGCCGCCCAACGUCAAACCCAAACCUGACAGCAAAGACAGCAUCAAGAAGGAGAAAAAGGAGAAAUCCACCAAGGUGCGUAGGUCCAUGAGCACUGACUCAGAGAGAGGAGGGGGAUCUGGGAGAAGGAGGGAGCGAAAGAGAGACAAAGGUUCGAGGAGAGAGCGUGGAAGAAGCGAGGAGAACAGGAGGCAAGACAGGGAUGGAGAUGACAGCAACCGGAAGGAGUCUGACCCCCAGGAAAAUGACUUGGAGGACACUGAGUGCGUGGUUUGCUUCUGCGAAUACAACAACGUCUUUAAAACCCCCAAGCUGCUCUCCUGCGGGCACACGUUCUGUCUGGAAUGCCUGGCCCGGAUCAACGUGACCUCCUUAGAGCUCAAGUCUCUUUCCUGCCCUGUGUGUCGAGAGCUCACCAAGCUGCCCCAUGGCCGCAACCUGCCCCAGCUGGGCAACAACCAGGACAUCUUCCGCAAACUCCCUCCUGAGAUGCAGAGGGCGCUGUCCGUGCGCUUCAAGCGCAGCAAGGGCAAGCUGGUCCUCAAGAAGCCCCCUCCUGGUACUACUAGCCUGGCCAAGUCCAGCCUCACCCUGCCCACUCUCAAGAAGCAGGACCGACAGGCCUCCAGCGACCUCCAGCUGGGCACCAUGGACCAGGGCCUCGCCACUGUCGUGGAUGUGGGUCGCCCCCCUAGCAGGGUCAGAGGUCGCCUGCGCAGGAUGUUCCGCUCGGACCAGUGCUACUACACCGUGAUGGCGUCCAUCAUCACCAUCGCCGUGGCGCUGAUGCUGAUGGGGAUCCUGGCCUUCAUGGUCAUGCCCAAUGUGGUCCUCCACAACGGCAGCAAACCGCAGCAGGGGAAUUCUAGCCAACCACAGGCGGGUUAACUAGGGGGUCAAAUACUCUGAGGAAAAGAGGGGAUGGUGGUGGGAUGAAUGGAAGUAAGACCAGAGGAGAUAAUCACUCUGAUGUUUUGAGAAGAAAAAGAUUGUCAGGGAUCCUAGUAUCUGCCAUUUCAUUUUCUUUACUAAUACUCAGUUGUGAGGAAAAUGUGAAUGAACUGAAAAGAAAGGUGACCCUGAAAGCACUAGAGCACACUCAACUGGGGUCAACACAUAACAAGGACCAUGUUGUUUAUGAAGGACUGAUGCACAAGAACUACAAAUGGGAAAAGUGUAUCAAGACUUAUUAUUUAUCCACCAUUUUGUCUUCCUUCCUGCAGUAUGCACAUCAUGAACAAGGAACAUUUACCCAAAUGUGAACGGGACAGCUAUUGCAGUGAAGUGAGAGUGGACAAUGGAUGUUGUCUGGGGAAAUGUAAUUAAUUAAAAAGUGGUGUAUUAUGUAAUUGCACUGAAGUCUUCCAUGGAGAAUUAUUACAAAUUAGAGAGGAUUUGAUUACACUGAGCAUUAUCUUAUUCUUUACAUCGCAAAGUAAAAAUGUUCCUCUAAUGAUUUUGUUUUACAUUCAUUGAUGUCUAACUAAUGUGUGUUUAAGUACAAAAUAUGAAUAUACAUAUGGAGUUCAAAUAAAAAUAAUACAUUUGUAAAAAAAAAAGAGAUAAAAAUAACAAUGGAAUUAGGUCUCUCUUGCCAUAGCAGAGGUAUCCUACCACCCUGAAAAAAACAAUUACAUUUCCAAUAGGCCCAGUGCCAUGUUACAUGCCGUUGCCUUACAGUAAAACCAAAUGUGCUGAUUUGAUUUCUGAUAAGAUCUUUGUCUGGCGUAACGUUCCAUGACAUGUGCACCUUGGUCGCACCUUCCUCUUUUAGUCCCAUUAGAGAAUCAUUUUCUUUUAGUUUUCUUUUUCUUGAAUAUACUAUUUCCUGACAGGUUCCGUGUGUGUGUGUGUGUACUGUUUUAACAUUUUACUGAAAGCUAUGAGUAUACAAAACAUUAAAAACACCUGCUCUUUCAAUGACAGACUGACCAGGUGAAUACAGGUGAAAUAUAUGAUUCCUUAUUGAUGCCACUUGUUAAAUCCACUUAAAUCAGUUUCGAUAAGUGGAGACAGGUUAAAGAAGGAUUUUUAAGCCUUGAGACAAUUGAGACAUGUAUUUUGUAUGUGUGCCAUUCAGAGGGUGAAUGGGCAAGACAAAAGAUGUAAGUGCCUUUGAACUGGGUAUGGUAGUAGGUGCCAGGUGCACCAGUUUGUGUCAAGAACUCCAAUGCUGCUGGGUUUUUCACACUCAACAGUUUCCUGUGUGUAUCAAGAAUGGUCCACCACCCAAAGGACAUCCAGCCAACUUGACACAACUUUGGGAAGCAUUGGUGUCAACAUGGGCCAGCAUCCCUGUGGAACACUUUCAACACCUUGUAGAGUCCAUGCCCUGACGAAUUUAGGCUGUUUUGAGGGCAAAAGGGGAUAUUAGGAAGGUGUUCCUAAUGUUUGGUAUACUCAGUGUAUGUAUCAGUGAAACAGUGUCACUCAUGACUAGUUCUAGUUGUAGUAGCUAUGUUUUCAUUUCUAUGGUUGUCAGUGUGACAGACAAACCUCCUACCGUGAACCUUCCUACCGUGCACCUAGUAUGUCUUUGCCUAUUUUACAAGCAGGUGUUGGCAUUGACAUAAGUCUAUUUCAACCACUGUUCACCAGUCCAACCUAUAUUUAAUUUAAUGUUCUUAUGGUAAAUUCAUCAUGGUAAGUAAUUAUUACGGUAAACAUAUUCAUUAUAAGGUUCCCACUUUAUAGUUCUAUUUAGUGAUGCUAAAGCAAGUAAUUCUAUACACAUACUGUAGGCAGGUACAUUGUAAUUACAUAGCAUUGAUGUCUCUCUCUCUCUCUCUCUCUCUCUCUCUGUGUGUGUGUGUGUGUGUUUAUAGGAGGGACAUACAAUAGGGCCAACUAUUUCAGAUUAGCCUUGUUUACAUCUUCCCAUAAAGAUAACACAACAAUCCUUUUAAUGUAUUUUCAAAUCUUUGACAUUAUGUCAGCCAGAGAGAAUGCUAUAGGUGUUGUAAAUUGUGACUUUAUAUAAAUUGCCCAUAGGCCA